AUGAUUGCAGCAAAUAUCUCCCUCCCAGCAGGAGACUCGCCCGACUUGAUUCUCGUGCCCGCUACCCCAGAGGAGCGCAUUGCCUCCAUCAAACUCAAUAGCGUCGCUUGGAAAGGCCCCCUAGACAUCGACACCUAUAUCGAACGUGAGAAUCACCUCUUCGCUCAAAACCUGACCCGCGAUGGCUUGACAUGCUGGAUCUUGGUCGACAAGUCCGAGCCAGAGGGAGAUCGUACAAUCCUGAGUUCUUGCGAGACAUACAAGAAGAAGGCACUGCUAGCACACGGCGGCAAUGUGGAGGAUGUGUCUACACACGGCGUCGGAAGUGUCUACUGCCGGCCCGAGUUUCGGGGCAAGGGAUACGCGAAGCGGAUGUUCGAGGAGUUAAGCAGGAAGCUCGAUACGUGGAAGAUGGAGAAGGAGACGAGAGGUCGGGCACUAUUUACCAUUCUUUUCUCCGAUAUUGGAAAGAAUUUCUAUGCGCAGUUUGGGUGGAAGCCUUUCUUGUCUUCGCAUAUGGCUCUCCCGCCACUGGCGAACGAGGAAAGACGGUCCAAUGGAAGCGGAAAUGCGACAAGAGAUUUAUCUGCGGAAGAUGUGCAGAAGCUGAUCUGUAAUGACGUUGUUACUGCCAAGUUGCACAACCAGCUGCGGGACGCUUCGCUGAAGACCACUGGUUGUAAGAUCGCCAUUAUGCCCGACUUUGACCAUUUCUUGUGGCACUGGGCGCGUGAGGAGUUCUUUGCGAAUAACCUUUUGCCGCAGCGCUCUCCACCUACCAUCAAGGGCGCUGGGAGCGACCAGGCUCGUGUGUAUUGUGCAUGGAACCGAAAUUUCGGCGAGGAGGCCGAGGAUAAUGUGUUGUAUAUUCUGCGUUGGGUGUAUGAUGAUCCCAAGUCGGCAGACGAGGAGCGGACUUUGGUUGAAGCCAUGGCUGCUAUCUUACGACGAGCCCAACAGGAAGCACAUGAAUGGAAUAUGCAUGCGGUCGAAUUUUGGAAUCCGACACCUCUGCUGCAGAAGGCCGUGAAGAUGUUGGACUCAGAUGCCCAGGUUGUGCAUCGCGAAAAAAGCAGCAUUUCCAGUCUGCGCUGGACGGGUGCAGAGCAAGGACUUGGUGAUGAUGUCGAGUGGUUCUUGAAUGAGAAGUACACUUGGUGUUGA